AUGGCUGAUUAUGAGAAAAAACAUGGUCGCAAACCCGAUCCUAUUGAGAUAUUUUAUAUAGUGCACAAACGGCGAGAUGAAAACAAAAGUUGGAUAGAUGAUGCAUCGGAGGAAUUGGCGGUUAAGAUCUCACGGGAAUUAACGAGUUUGGUUGAAACCCAUGGCGAGGAAACAUCAGAACUAAGGCAACAAGCUUAUGUAGCAGCAAGGGGUUUAGAGACUCGUGGUAGAGUUCGUGGUUAUGGAAGAGGGGUGACGCCAGACAUGAUUCCUUGGGUGGCACAAACUCAGCCAACAUCUUCAUCACUUCGAUCACGUACUGGGCGAGCAUAUGCUAAUUUGCAAUCUCAAUAUUCAGAACUUGAGGAAAAGUAUGAGCGACAACAAAAGGAGUUGGAUGAGUUGAAACUGAUGAUCACUUCAAGGAACGCACAUCCGCAUCAACAAUCUUCCUCCCAACAACAGUCUAACUCCCAGCAGGGGUCUUCAUCCCAACAACAGUCACAUUACGAACAAAUUCCGACAUCUUGCCCAUAUCCACCAUAUCAGCAUCGUCGUCCGCAAUCUCCUUCCCAACAACACUCGCCUUCCCAGCACGCUCCGACAUCGUACACAUAUCCUCCAUAUCAGCAUCUUCCACCGUAUCUGUAUACAUCAUCUUCGCAGUUCUACUACCCCCAUCCAUACCAGCCACCUUUGUACCACCCAGUGCCACACCCACCUGGAGAGUUUACAGCAAUGCUCAAUGAUUCAGAUUUUAUGCAGCAGAUGAUGCCACCAAAUGAUAGGAAUGACAAGGAUAAAAGUUAGAUAUUUUUACAUUCAUGUUGAAGGUCAAUUUUGUUGGUUAUUUAAGUUAUUGUUAAGUACUAUUUGUCACUCUUUUU